AUGCCUCAUUCCACAAACAAAGAACUGGUACUUGGAAUCAUGGUGGGAACUACUGGAAUCAGUUUGCUUCUUUUGUGGUACCUCAAGGUUUGUAAACCAAAGACAGCAAUGCAUUUACCUAAAUUCCUUACUCUGGGUAAUGCAUUUGAUUCAGUGACUUUGCAAGAUGAGAUGCAGAAGGAUCAAGGAACAGCAGCGAUCUUUCAAGGAAGGCAGUUUCAGAUACUGGAGAAGUUAAACGAAUUACUGACAAAUAUGGAAGAACUCAGAGAGGAAAUCAGAAUUCUUAAAGAAACCAUUCCAAAGCUGGAGGAAUGUGUACGCGGUGAGCUUGGAGGAAAGGCAACUGCUCAUAGGAUCAGUCCUCAGCACAGAGCUAGGAAAAGAAGGCUUACCACAGUUCAAAGUUCAGGAACAAGCAACAGUUCAGAGGAAGCGGAAAGUGAAGGGGGGUAUAUUACAGCUAGCACUGAUACAGAAGAACAGAGUUUUCCAGACCCUAAAGCACUUAACAUACAUAUUGAGGAAUUAAAUUUAGAUGCUCUUCUUCAGAAGGCAGAUAACUUACGUAUGGACGAGUCUAAAAAGAUAGAGAGUUUUGAACUACUUUGUGACCACAAAGAAAAGUUUAAAGAUGAAAUAGAGUUUAUUUGGCGGUUAGUUCGUGCUUAUGGAGACAUGUAUGAUCUGUCUACAAAUUCAGAAGAAAAGAAACAUUAUGCUAAUAUCGGAAGGACAUUAGGUGAAAGAGCUGUUACUAAAGCCCCCGAUAAUGGAUGUUGUCAUCUGUGGUACGCAGUUUUGUGUGGCUACGUAUCCGAGUUUGAGGGCUUACAAAACAAAAUCAACUAUGGAUAUUGCUUCAAGGAACAUCUAGAUAAAGCAAUCGAAUUAUUACCUGAAGAACCCCUUUUGUAUUACCUCAAUGGAAGAUACUGUUAUGCUGUCUCACAACUGAGCUGGAUUGAGAAAAAGAUGGCUGCUACUCUGUUUGGAACAGUACCAACCUCAACUAUACAAGAAGCUUUGCAAAAUUUCCUUAAGGUUGAAGAGCUACAGCAUGAUUUUUCGAAGGCCAAUUACCUCUACCUUUCCAAGUGUUACAGGGAUCUUAAGCAAAUAGAGAAUGCCAGGAAGUUCUGUGCUUUGGCAAAGCGGCUUCCUUGUAUAACCAGAGAGGAUAAAGAUGCAGAGGAAGAGGUGAAAAAAAUAAGCCUGGCCUUGAUGAAGAAGUAA